GCGGUCUGGCGGCGGCCGGAAGUGUCGCGCUGCCCGCUGGGCUGGCGUUGCCAUGCGCUGUCACUACGAGGCCCUCGGGCUGCCCCGCGAUGCCAACGCCGAGGACGUGAAGAGAGCGCACCGGCGGCUGGCGCUGCUCCACCACCCAGACAAGAACCCGGACUGCCCGGAGGAUGCCGCCGAACAAUUUAAGCUGAUCCAGGCGGCGUACGACGUGCUGAGUGACCCACAAGAGAGGGCAUGGUACGACAGCCACCGAGAAGCCAUCUUGAGGAGCGGACAGGAUGGCGAGGCGGAGGAUGACAGCCACGAGCUGCUGCAGUUCUUUACCGGGGCCUGCUACAGCGGCUUCACCGAUAGCCCACAGGGGUUCUAUGCGGUGUACCGGGCAGUGUUUGCCGGCAUCGCGGAGCAGGAAGUGGAGGGAGCACCCAGCGCUGAGGAGCUCGUAUUCCCCACCUUCGGCCACUCCGGCAGUGACCAUCAGACGGUGGUGCACAGCUUCUACGCCCACUGGCAGAGUUUCUGCACGCAUCGCACGCUGUCAUGGGCAGAGAGCUUCGACACCCGGCAUGCCGACAACCGCUGGCACAAGCGGGCCAUGGAGAAGGAGAACCGGCGGGCACGCGAACGGGCACGCCGCAAGUACAACCAGCUGGUGCAGCAGCUGGCAGCCUUUGUACGCCGCAGGGAUCCCCGCGUGCAGGCCCACCGCCUACACCUGCAGCAAGUCAACGCCCAGAAACACCAGCGGGCACAGCAACUACAGCGACAGCAGGCCCAGCGGCAGGCCAGGCUUGCUAUGGAGUACCAGGAGCAGAGCUGGGUCAAGCUGUCCGAUCUGGAGAGGGAGCUGCGGCAGAUGGAGGCUCAGUACCAGCAGGAGUUUGGUGAUGGCUCUGAGGAGACAACCAGCAGCGAGGAGGAUGGUCUGGGGGAAGAUGGUGGGGGUGAGAUGGUGCAGGACCACGAUGCUGACGACCACCUCUUCUGCCCAGCCUGUGACAGAACCUUCCAGAGCGUGAAGACGAUGAGGAACCACGAGCGGUCACGGCGACACCGGGAGACGGUGGCGUUGCUGCGGCAACAGCUGGAGGCAGAGGAACGGGAACUGCAGGAGGCUCAGAGUGGGCAGGAGUUGCCACCCAGCACACCCAGACUCUCCAAGAAAGACAGGAGGAAAAAAAGGCACAAGGUGUUCACCCACACUCCUGCCAGUCCCACUGACUCCGACACCACCGACAGUGACAGCCAGUCCGAGGCAGAGAGUGGCCAGGGGCAGGAGGGGGGUAGAGGGGGAGAGGAGGGUAGUAGUGGGGAGGAGGGGGGCAUUGUAGAGCAGGAGGCAGACAGCCAGGGGCAGGAGAGGGGCGGCAGAGAGCAGGAUGAGAGCACGCAGGAGAGAGCAAAGUGUGCCAGUCAAGGGGAGAGGACAGAGCAGGGGGAGAAGGCAGAGGGGGAUGGGGAUGGGGCAGAGGUCAUGGUGGAGCAGGGGAUGAGGGCAGAGGCCAUGGUGCAGCAGGGGGAGGGGGCAGAGGCC